GGGCGCCAUGUUUGUAAGGAAGAAAUAGGGCAGCCAUCUCCGGCCACCAGCACUUCCCUUCCCCCGUGUGUGUGUCCUCUCGUUCUCCUCCUGUGCCCCGGGCCUGCUCCUCCGAGCCGCCGCCGCUGCCGCCUCCUCCUCCUCUUCCUCCUCCUGCUGCCCGCGCGGGGCGGCCGGGCUCAGCCUGGGCAGCCUCGCCCUGCACUGAGUGCCCGUUAAGUGUCUCACUAAGUAACCGUGAGUGGAACCUUCAUCAUCUCUCUUCACUGAGGGACCCGACCCUCCUCCUCACCGAGCCGCCCCCCAGCGCGGCCGUGCGCGCCGCCGCCACCUCCUCCUCCUCCCUCCGCACCACGGGCAGCGGCAGUGUCCUGCCUUCCUCCACCUCCCUCCUCCUCACCACACCACAGCCAGCACAAUGGCCUUUGAAAGCCUGUUCUCCAAGCCCCCAAACCCAGUUCUUGACCCAAACAUGCCCGACUCUGACAGGCAACAUGCAGGGGACGAAAGAGAAGAUGGAGAACUGGAAGAUGGUGAAAUAGAUGAUGCGGCGCUUGAAGAUGUUAAAGAACAUAGUACAAAAAGUGACGAUAAACAGAAAAACGACAAGGGACAUAGAAAAUCCCGGAAGAAACGCAAAAAAGAGAAAGAAAAGAAGAAGUCAAAAAGGAGAAGACGGGAUAAGCAUAAGCAUAACUCCCCUUCCAGUGAUGAUAGUUCAGACUACAGCCAUGACUCUGAUAUUGAACGUACGGAGAGACCGCAUAAAAAGAGUAGUAGCUCUUACAGAGAUUAUGAUUCUUCAUUCUCUCAGCAUGGACACUUAUCAGGAAAUUACAUGAGUUCCCAGAAAAUGCAACAUAAAAAAAGUCUAAAAAGCAAGGAGUAUGAUGAAUAUAGUCAUUACAGCGAUGAAAACUUCGGUAAUUAUAACGAGGAGGAAAAAGACGAAGAUUUUGCUGAUCAACUCAAACAAUACAGGCAGUCUAAAGAGACUUCUAACCCUGAUUUAGGGCCUCCAUUUCCUAAAGAACCAGUGAAAAAACAAGGGAUGAAAGGCAUCCAGAAAGGUAUUUCUCAAAGAGGUAAUAAUUACCACAUUGGCCGAGGGCGUGGGAUGCAGAAGAAAUUGAAGCGUAAAGACCGCGGAAGGGGGAGAGGGGGCAAUAAAGGAUCCGAUGGCUUUCACGAGGAUGGCAAGCCAAUGAAGAAAUGGGUGAAUAUGAGUCAGGAAUUCAUAAAUCAGCAUACAGUGGAACAUAAAGGCAAACAAAUUUGUAAAUAUUUCCUUGAAGGGAGGUGUAUUAAGGGAGAGCAGUGUAAAUUUGAUCAUGAUGCCGAGAUCGAAAAGAAAAAGGAAAUCUGCAAGUUUUACAUACAGGGUUACUGYACCAAAGGAGAGAACUGCAUUUAUUUGCACAAUGAAUUCCCUUGCAAGUUCUACCAUACAGGAGCAAAAUGCUAUCAAGGAGAUAAGUGCAAAUUUUCUCAUGCUCCCCUGACUGCGGAAACCAAGGAGCUGUUGGAUAAGGUUUUGAAUAAUGAGGAGGAACCACAAAAUGAAGAUGAGAARGAACUGGAAGAACUUAGAAAACGUGGCAUAGUUCCUCUCCCUAAGCCACCCCCCGGUGUGGGACUUCUGCCUACCCCACCUGAGCAAUAUCCGUUUUCUGAGUCGGAUAUAGAAAACUUUCAAGAUCCUUCAGGAGAGUAUAAGAAAAUCCCGUCUCUCUUUGAAAUAGUUGUGAAGCCGACAGUGGAUUUAGCGCACAAAAUUGGAAAAAAACCACCAACCUUCUAUAACAGCUCGUCACCGCCAAGACCACCAUUUCAGGGGAAUGACCCCCACUCUCAGCAUAUGUACAAUCCAGGUUCGAGUCCCGGGCCGGGACCCGGCAUGUCCCAAGGACACAACGGACCACCGAUGCACCCUGGUUCUCCUGGCCAUCAUCCGUGUGGCGGGCCUCAAGGGCCAGGAAUGCCACAUAGUCCUCCUAUGCAGGGUGUGCCACCAGGCUUUCUAGGACCACAGAACCAGACUGGUAUGCCUAUGCAAGCACAGCAAGGUGGCCCACCUCUAACACCAUCAGGCCUUGGUGGAUCUUACAAUGCCCCAGGAGUUCAAGGACAUAUGAUGAAUAUGCCAAGAGAUAAUCAUUGUCCUCCAGGGCCACAGUAUCAGCAAAUGCCUGGUGAAAGGCAGCCGAAUAUGAAUUAUGAGCCUAUUCAGAACCCAGCAGACUUCUAUGACAAUUAUUAUUCUCAUCAAGCCGUACACAACUUCCAGCCGUCUAAUAACUCUGGUGAUGGAACGUGGCAUGGCGAGUUUGCAGAUCAUCAGGCUCACCUUAUGGCUCAAGAGUCGCAUGCCGGUGGAAGUGAGUCAGACUGCAUGGGUAAAAUGGGCCAUAAACCAGCCAUUAAUGUGCCGGAUUUCCUGCCAGCAAUGCAGAAAGCCCUUUAUGUAAGACUUAGUCAAAAGCACCAAGAGGAUGGAGACUCUAUGAGCAGCCAGGGUCAGAGAGCAAUGAGCAAAGAAGAAGAUGACAAUGUAAACUGGUACUCCAGCAGCGAAGAGGAAGAGGGGAGCAGCGUUAAAUCAAUACUCAAAACUUUGAAGAAGCAAAGUGAAAGUUUCCGGAGCCGGCAGCAGCAUUCCGCAGAGCAGCACAUGCUUGGCAUUCCCACCGACCCAAGGCUGGCGAAAGACAAAGGCCCCCAGGCUGCUGACCCGAGGCUUAGGGCCUCUCCGAGGUCAGCCCCCAGGAAGCCGUCGGAGUCCGCGGCCUUGGACCCGCGGCUCGCGCGGGACCCCAGGAUGCUCAAGGUGAGCGAAGGGGCCCACGGCAGCUCGUCCCUUGCGGGAGCCAAGCUGGACUUGCAGCACGUGCACGCGGGCGUUAAAGUCAAGCAGAAAGGCAUGGACGAUGACGAAGAGGAUUCGGAAAGAGAGCUGAGGGAGCGAGCUUUCCUCAUCCCCUUGGAGCCGUUACCCGGGGUGACGCUGAGGGAUCCGCGCUCUCAGCUGAGGCAGUUCAGCCACAUUAAAAUGGAUGUUACCCUGAUGAAGCCAAACUUUGCUAAACAUAUUGUAUGGGCUCCUGAAGACUUGCUCCCGAUACCUUUGCCUAAACCCGACCCGGUCUCGUCGAUUAACUUACCUCUUCCUCCGCUCAUUGCUGACCAGAGACUUAAUAAACUGCGGAAUUUAAAAAACGAUCCCCAUCCAAAUGCAAUGCCAGCUGACCCCAGGCUAGCUGCAAAGGCAAAAACCAACUUAACGGGCAGAAGUGGCUAUUUGGAUCAGCCUGYAGACUCGCAUGCCAGUAGCUCGAGCAAAUUAGGAGACCCCCGCUUGCAGAAAAACGUCGAUCCCAGACUCCACAGACUGUCUAGCACAGACGCACAUCAUGGACUCGCCAAGGAUUCGCACCCCCCCAAGUUUGACCCUCGCCUCUCUAGAUCUGCUGCCAGCUCCUCGCAGUCCUCRGAAGCCGCGACUUCGAAAGCCGACCCCGAUGCUCUGCCUCCGUACGCACCCAAGUUGUCAUCGAGCGGCGUCAAGCUGGGAAGCCCGGGGUCCAUACUUAGUGGGAUUAGUUUGUAUGAUCCAAGAGACCACAGCUCAUCACUGGACACAACUCCGGCUAGUUCGGGGGAGAACGGAGAGAAUCAGAAAAAAAGUAUUUUGAAAAAUUCUGGUAAAAAUGAGGCCAGUCUCUCGGAAGAGUCAGUGCUGCAGAAGGCUGCCUCCAGCGUGGAAAAAACCCCAGAAGCAUCAGCAGAACCCCCUUCAGAUAAAGCAAACAGCAGCGGGAAAUCUCAGGCUAAACACUCCAGCGCCGCGCCUGCAGUGCAUAAUCUCCCUAUCCAAGCUUUGUCAGGCUUGAUCAGACCACAGUACAGUGAUCCAAGGCAGGUUCGACAGCCUGGACAGGUAAAUCAAACACAGGAGAACGACCCAAAUGGGGAAUCGGAUGAUAAGUCAUUAAAAGAUGUUUUCAAGACUUUUGACCCAACUGCUUCACCGUUUUGUUAGCAAUUGAUUUUGUCUUUUUACUGUUGUGAAUAUUGCAGUUCUCUGCUGUUUUGUAACUGGUUUACCUCUUUGCUUUAUUUAUUUUUAAAUUAUAAUUAUCAACACUUUUCAGCUGCUAAUCUCAGAACCACAUGCAGUUAUACAGUAUGCUAUAGUGUUUGCAAAGCUGUGGUAUUUUCUAUAUAAUACUUUUCCAAUUUCAGGGAGACUAAUAAUUGACAUGUAGAAAAAAAAAACGUAUCGUGUUAGAGCUGAUAAAAGCACUUUCAUUGUAAAUAAGUCAUUAAGAAAGUCUGAAGACCUGUAUAUGUGUGAGCUGUCUCUUUCAUAAACAACAUUUAGAUAUGAUUGCCACAUUUGUAUGAUUGUAUAGACACAAGCAAUAUUAUGUACAUUACUGUGAGAGACACUGUUUGACAAGGAUUGUCUGAUGCAUCAAGCCAAACGUACUAACUGAAAUGUACCUAAAUGAGUUAAAAGGAAAAUGGUGAGCCUACUUUUCCGAUCAGUUGAUGUAAGACAUUGGUUUUUAUUCAUGCAGUCGAUAUUCUUAGCGUAAAAGAUACCUAUAUCACAUAUUGAGGAGUACAAAUGUCAUAUCUUUCAAAAGUAUUUUAUUCUAUACUGUAUAUAGAAGAAAUUGUGCAGUACAUAACUAGAAGAAAGUUACUGUUAAAGUGGAGAAUACCUAAGCUAAUACAAAAAAAAAAGGUUUUUAUUUAAUUUUUUUUUCCACGCAUACACAAUUCUGAUUAGUGCUCUAAGUUACAUUGUGGUGUUCAUGUAUUUCAAUGUA